AUGACUUCCACAUCUUUCGGACAGAUUAACUCAUGUGAGUAGGGACGGGUACAUUUGAAAUUUGAAUCCCCUAUCUUAAGGCAUUAAGCUAAAAGGACCAGACCAGAGCCAGAACCCCAUUUAGAAAUAUGGUUGACUUGAAUUGAACGAUGGAAAACAAAAAAAUUAUGGUGUAAUGAAAUUGAGCCGAUCCUACAACGCUUGUCGUAAGAAUAUUCCUUUUCACGGGUGCGGGGAGAGCAGCCAACACGAAUGAUUGUUUUCAUGAACGGAGCGUGAGAAAGCAGCCGAAGAGUUCCCCCAUAUUCCAGCCGCUCUGACGACCAGACAUCGUGCCCACUACUCGGAUCUCAUUCACUCGCCGCACAUCUUCCGAGUUGCCAACUCCGAGGAAUCGUCGCGAAUGGACAAACUAACUGACAUCGUGCUGAACAAAGGACAAGAAGGCGAGGAAGAGCCGAAUGGAAAGUUGUGAGCGUUUCUUUUUCUCCGCUCCAACGCAGACUAAUCCAUCUUUCACCAAUUUCCAGGGAUUGGAUACUCGCCGGCAUCAUCUGCGCCAUUUGCGUCGCUUUUCUAGUGAUCGCCGUCAAAAUAUGCUAUAAUUACUCGAAAAAGUUCCCGGAAACUGCUGGAAAAGUGAGCUACUUUGCAAUUUAAAAUUCUAAAAAGUUAUGUUUUGCAGGACCACGAAACGAUCGACAACUUUAACAGACGAGCGAUUUCAACAAAGGGAACACGAGGACACGUUCGAUAUUCGGUUGCUUAA